GGGAGGCUGCUGCGGGGGCGGGUCCGUUCGGUCGGUUCCUCUGGCCUGUGCCGCGGGGGCUGGGACCGGCCCGCUCGGGACACCGGGCUCGGCGCCGGGCUGGGGCCGCUGCACACACCGGCGAUGGGAGGUGCGGGGGGAGGCUGCGCGGGGUCCAUGUCGGUGACGUUUGAGGAUGUGGCCAUGUAUUUCUCCCCAGCGGAGUGGGCGCUGCUGGGCGAGCAGCAAAGGCAGCUUUACAGACAUGUCAUGUGGGAAAAUUACCAGACUCUGGUCUCGUUAGGAAUCCAAACCCGCAAGCCAGUGGUGAUCUCCAGCAUAGAGCAAGGGGAAGAGCUGUGUGUCCAGUAUCCCACAGAAGAUGGAGAUGGGGACAUCCUGAGUAGCACCCGCCCAGAUUUUCCAGAUGCAGAGGAGACCUGGGACUGGUCGGCAAUUGAAAGCUCCUUGGGCUUCUUCCUCACACAAAGCUCUUCCCUUGGAGCAGGGGCGAGGAACCAGAACAGAGCUGAGGGGCAGACUCCUGAGGAAGGGCCUGGCAACCUGAAGCCACUCAGGCCUUUCCCAGGGACAUCAGGGAAGAACCAUUCUAAGAAAUCUGAGCGAGGAAGGCACCAGAAGAGACAGUGCAGGCCACAAAAGCAGAGGAAGAACCUGACCAGGAAGGAGCCAGCAACCCCAAAAAGCCAUCAGAGGAGAUCCAGGCCACAUCUAAAGCCUCCUGCAGAGGGUCAAUCUGAGCCCAGAAAGAGCCUAUUUACCUGCCGUGUGUGCAGGGAAGAAUUCAAGGUGCAGAGAGACCUGAUAAGCCAUCACUGGACGGUUCAUAGGAGACAGAAUCUCUAUCAAUGUAGCGAGUGUGGGGAGAGCUUCAGGAGAAAGAAAGCAUUCAAAGCACAUGGGAAAAUCCACAGAAAGGAGAGAGCCCAUCCCUGUUCUGAGUGUGGGAAAAUAUUCAACCGGGCAUCCCAUCUCAUUGCCCACCAGAGAAUCCACACUGGCGAGAGACCCUAUUGCUGUGCCGAGUGUGGGAAAAGAUUCUUCCAAAUAUCAGCUCUUACCAUGCACAAGAGAAUCCACUCAGGAGAGAGACCCUAUGCCUGCGCUGAGUGCGGGAAGUGCUUUAUGUAUUCGUCCACCCUUAAAAGACACCAGAGAAUCCACUCAGAAAAGCGGCCCCAUCGCUGUACCCAGUGUGGGAAAGGCUUCAAACUUACAUCAAGUCUUACUAGACACCUGAGAAUCCACAGCGGAGAGAGACCCUUCUUGUGCCAUGAGUGUGGGAAAAGAUUCAACCUACAAGAACAUCUCAUUAGACACCAGACAACACACACUGGGGAGCGACCCCAUCGCUGCGCUGAGUGUGGGAAAAGUUUCAGUCUCCUUCAAAGUCUCCGGAGACACCAGAGAGUCCAUCGUGGGGGGACCCCUCAUCACUGCGCCGAGUGCGGGAAAACAUUCAGUUGUCUGGAAAAUCUCACUAGACACCAGCGAGUCCACACGGGGGAGAAACUCCAUCGCUGCGCUGACUGUGGGAAAGGCUUUGUCCGUCUGCAUCAUCUUGCUAGCCACCAGAGGAUCCACACUGGGGAGAGACCCCAUUGCUGCACUGAGUGCGGGAAAAGAUUCACCCAGUUGUCAGGCCUCACCACGCACCUGAGAAUCCACACGGGAGAGCGACCCUAUCCCUGCACUCAGUGUGAGAAGCGCUUUGCUCACUCGUUGUCUCUUGCUAAACACCAGCGAACCCAUGGGGCGGGGACUCCUGACCCUUGAGUUUGAUGGGGGGGAACCUCUGCCCGCUCUCACCUCGCCCUUCUCCCCACAGCCAGUGCACAGAAGGGAGACCCUUCCUCCCACCUCCCCGUUAACCAGGUACUAGGUGAGAGUUUUAUUAGAAUGGUUUGUGUAGCCCCCAGGAUGGGAGUGUGAACCGAGCAGCCACCUAAACAUCCCCGUGAGCGUUAUGGGCUGCAGCUGGACAGAGGAGAUGACAGGAGUCAGGGCUGCACUUUGGAGGCCCUGGUUUCUGCCAGGCCAUUCACUCAGCGCCUCUCGGCUGGAAGGGAUUGUUUUAUUAUGGACAGUGAAAAAUGGGCAACAUUUCUGGCAGAGACUGAAGAGGAGUUUCCUCCUCCUGAGUAACCAAAAGGCUGCGGUGCCCCAUCCGUGCCCCUCACUGCACUGAUCACAGGGAAGGGGAGGGAUGAGGGAUCGAUGCAUUACAGGGGUCAGAGAGCUGUUUCCUGUUACAAUGGCUCUUUUUCUGAAGAACUUGAGUCUCAGUUUCUGGAGGAGGAAGGGGCACUUAAUGUUACUAACACUGAGAUGUCUGUAGGGCGCAGCCCUGAUCCCCAGCAGCAAGGAGUAGGGGGGCGUUGUCUCUCGGCACCUUUUGGGGCUGAGACUCGUGGUUUCUGCUAGUUGUAAGUGUUCUCUGCAAACAUCCCUUGGAGUCACAGGGCCUGCCCAGAGCGUGACGCUGGUAUGAAAUGGUCAGGGGUAGCAUGGGAGGGACAGAUCUGGGAUCCUGUGUGGGAGCGGGCAGUCAGGAGAGUGGUGUUUCAGAAAAGAGAGUGACUCCCAGAUACACAGAGAAACCAGUCCCCAAAGCACUCAGCAGCAGCCCCUGGCCAGUGUCUCCCUGUUUCCCCGGCCCAACGGGCCUCUGUGGCCCUGUCUCUGACUGGCACAUCUUACCAUCCCCUUCAGACACAGAGGGAGCUCUCAUUGCAAGGGGGCAGGAGUCUGUGAACACCCGCUGGCCGCAAGGAACAUUCUGCACAGGGGGACGGUUGGGUGAGAUUGAACAACCCCUGUCCUGGGGAGUGUGACAGUCUGUGCAGUGAUUUAAGAGGACGUUGCCCCUUUUCGACCUGAGCGGCUGUCAAAAUUUGGGGCUCUGGGGAUGAUCCAUUUAGAAGCAGAAAUUGGGGAUAGUUGGUAUUUCUUUGAUGCAGCUUCAUUUACUUAUAAAGAAUGUACCAAGUCCUGUGUCUCUGAACGCAGAAAGACCCAAGAACAAAAGGAGCCGUUUCUUAGCGUCCAGCCCCCGAGACUCUUCAGCCAA